ACUCGGAAGUGGAAGUAAGGGGGCGGAUGCAGGUCCAAAAACAAACCAAGCAGAGACCUUUGCUCAAGGGCUCUGAUGCAAACUUGCUCAAGUUGCAGUCCAGCCUCACCUUGUGGUUUGUGACAGUGCGGUUUGACAUUGCGCUGCCCGCUGUCUCCUCACGGUCAUGGACGAAGUGACAGGAGCUCAGCUCAUCGCUGAGUCUCUAAAGGCUCAGAAAGUGGACUACAUGUUUGGGAUAGUUGGAGUUCCGAUUAUCGAAGUGGCCAUGGCUGCUCAGGCUGCAGGAAUCAGAUACGUAGGAAUGCGCAACGAGCAAGCGGCGUGCUAUGCAGCGUCUGCCGUCGGAUACAUUACUGGGAGACCAGGGGCCUGUCUUGUGGUUUCUGGACCUGGGCUCAUCCAUGCCCUGGGUGGAAUGGCCAAUGCCAACAUGAACUGCUGGCCGGUGGUUGUUAUCGGAGGGUCUUCGGAUCGAAAUCAGGAAACUGCAGGAGCCUUUCAGGAGUUUCCUCAGGUGGAAGCAUGCCGCCUGUACAGCAAGUUUUCAGCGAGACCCAGCAGUCUAGAAGCCAUCCCCUCAGUGAUAGAGAAGGCGGUCCGCACAAGCAUCUAUGGGCGUCCAGGUGCUUGUUAUGUGGAUAUUGCAGGCGACAUGGUUAAUGCUAAAGUGGAGAGGAGCAAAGUUAGAGAGGUGUCCUGCUGUCCGCCUCCACCAGUGAGUUUGGCUGACCAGGGUUCAGUGACAGAAGCCAUAUCUGUCUUAAAAGCAGCCAAGACACCCUUGGUCAUCAUCGGCAAAGGAGCAGCCUACGGCAGAGCAGAGGCUGUGCUGAGGGAGCUUAUUGAAAUGAGUGGCCUUCCCUUCCUGCCCACCCCGAUGGGAAAAGGGGUUCUUCCUGAUGACCAUGCCAACUGUGUAGCUGCUGCACGCUCAAGAGCUCUUCUCCAGGCUGAUGUCAUACUUCUGUUUGGAGCCAGGCUAAAUUGGAUGCUCCAUUUUGGUCUUUCGCCUAGAUUUAACCCUAAUGUUAAGAUCAUUCAGGUUGACCUUUGUGCUGAGGAGAUGGGCAAUAACAUGAGGCCAGCUGUUGCUCUCCUUGGAGAUAUCAGUGCUGUUGCCACUCAGCUGCUACUGUGUGUCCGUAGAGAUGGUUGGAAAUACCCCUCUAACGCUGAGUGGUGGAGCACGUUAAAGAGCAAGAUUGCUGCUAAUGCAAAAAUAUCAAAGGCACUUGCUCUACAGUCUACAGUGCCCUUGAACUACUACACAGUGUUUCAUCACAUCUCCCAGCUGCUGCCACAUGACUGCAUCAUUGUCAGCGAGGGUGCAAACACAAUGGACAUCGGACGCACCAUGUUAAAUAACUACCUACCUCGACACAGACUGGAUGCAGGCACUUUUGGAACAAUGGGAGUAGGCCUCGGGUUUGCUAUCGCAGCAGCUGCUGUGGAGGCGAGCCAGAACACCGGCCGAAGGGUCGUCUGUGUGGAGGGAGACAGUGCCUUUGGGUUUUCUGGUAUGGAGGUUGAGACCAUGUGCAGGUAUAGCCUACCCGUAGUUGUUAUUGUGGUCAAUAAUAACGGCAUUUACAGCGGAGUAGAUUCUGAAACAUGGAAAGCAAUGAAACAAAUGGGAGAGCUGACCUCUGUGGCCCCUCCCGUGUCCCUUCUACCUGACGCUCGCUAUGAUGAGGUGAUGAAGGCGUUCGGAGGUCGAGGGUUGCUGGUGAGGACGGUGGAGGAGCUGCGCAGUGCCUUACAGCUUAGCCUGAGUGACUGGGAGAGACCAAGUCUCAUCAAUGUGCUCAUUGACCCUUCCUCAGACAGGAAGCAGCAGGAGUUUCCUUGGCUCACACGUUCCAACCUGUAGAUUUCCAGAGCAUUUCAGAACAGCAGUGACGGUUUUCUCCUGGAAAAUAUCAAACUGCUUUUGUUUUUCAAGUUGUUUCCAUUAAUUCAUCAAAUAUUUUGCUAUUACUAUACUGUGAAUAAUAUGAAAAAUAUGACUACAAUAAAACAUUUCACACAGA